CUAGAUGGAAGCGAAUCGCAAGUGAUCCUUGCCAAAUCUAGUAUUGUUUCUGCCGUUUUUUGCAAACAAAACACGAAAUAAAUUGAAAAAUUGUGUUUAAUCCAGCGCUAAUCCACUGCCACCGAAUGGAUAAACAAUCGGACAGCGAAAACACCGCUCCGGUAGCCGCAAAAUCAGCGAAAAACGGCAACGGCAAGGACAAAGGUAAAGCACCUCAGCAGCAGCAGCAGCAGCAAUCAUCGCCGUCGCAACCAGCUCCGGCACCAUCGAAGCCGGUCGUCAAGCGUAAACGUAAGCGUGUCAAGGACGCCAAUGCACCGAAACAUCCACUCACAGGGUACGUUCGCUACAUGAAUGAGAAGCGUGACGCCAUCAGACUGAAAAAUCCCACCCUGACGGCGGUUGAAAUAACGAAACUGCUUGCCGAAGAGUGGGGUACCCUUUCGGACGAAGUGAAGAAACCGUUCCUGGAAGCAGCUGAUGCCGACCGGGAGCGCUACCACCGGGAAGUGGUGAAAUACAAGCAGAAUAACGAGAAAGCAUUAUUGGCCAGCAAGAAACCGAAAGCUAAUGGAGAUGAUCCGGAGCUCGGUAAGGAAGUUCCCUACCUCAAUGGGAAAGAGGAACGGCAGCGAGAGAUCCGAGUCGGGGACUACGAGAUACCGAUCUUUACCGAUGACUUCCUGGAGCACAACAAGGUCAUCGAUUCGGAGUUGAGAAUGCUCCGCAAGUCCAACAUCGACUACGAACAGCAGAAUUCCGUCCUGGAGAAGCACGUUGAGAAUAUGGAUAAUGGCAUCCAGAAGCUGGAGAAUGAGACCAACAGUCUGAAGACGAGGAAUGCAGUGCUGCAAAGCUAUCUGCUAAAGUUGAAAUCGGUUCUGGCCGGUGCGCUGGCAGGAUUGCCAAUUGGUUCGGACAAAGAGGGUGCCACGGUGGACAAUAUCGACAAGUACAUGACCGAGCUGCAUGAGAUGGCCAAGUCCAGCACCCAUGGUCAUGCGCUGAACAAGGCGAAGGAUAUCAUUAGGAAGCUGGAUCUGCAGAGCUUGGCCACGUAGACGAGUUCCGCGGCGCGGUAUGUGCGUUAGUGCAGCAAUUCAAGUAAGUUUAUGUUUAAGUCGCUCGGAUUUUAGUUUGUAGUAGUUUUUGUUCAGUCAUGUAAUGUCUGGUCACACGUGGCCAUGGAAUUUAUCGAAUAUAGACGCGCAAUGUGAUUGGAAGUAUGCACGGUAUGGACGGGGUAGU